UGUGUGUGUGUGUGUGUGUGUGUGUGUUGAGUGCAAGAAUGUGAGCGUGUGCGCGCGCGGCGCGUGUACGGUGUACGAGUACGACAACGACGCGACGACGACACACCGCCCGUAGCGCUCCUACGUAGUUGUGUAGGCACGUUCGCCUUUUCAAACGCCAAUAAACGAUAAACAAAUCCUUAUGAAUAAUAAUAAUAACAAUAAAAAUAUUCAGUGAUACAGAUUUCGGUGAUAAUAUCGCGCACAUUAUUAUUAUUGUUAUUACUUAUUAUUAUUAUUAUUAUUAUUUAAUAACAACGUUCGGUCGUAGGUACGUAAGAAAUAAUUAUAAUAAUCGUUUUGUUCAAUAUUUAUCUCCGUCUCGGUUAUAAUACAUAUUUCUGUAAUUCCGUUGGACGCGGUGUUAUUAUAAUAUACGAUCGACAUUUUUCGGUUGCGCACAACCUAAACGUUCCGUUCGCAACGUACCCUUUUCACCGCGCUCGUGGGCACGGUUAAAAGUGAAGGACACUUUCUUUACUGGGCCAUUUCGACGACCGACCGCAUUCGGUGACUGGCGUGUGCGACACGACCAUCGUUCCACCGUACAUAUAUGGUGCAUUAUAAUAAUAAUAAUAUUGACCGCACGGACGUUCACAGGACACCACGGGAGGUGAAAAAACAAAUGUUUAAAUGGAAGCAUCUUCAAUUAUCACCCAAGUGUCGCGUGAAGAUGAACACCUAAAAAGUUUUGUGCCAGAUAAGGCUGACCAUGUUCGAUUGAAAAAUGAACGUGGUAUAUGGCGAACAUUACUUUGCUGUUUUGGGAAAUCAAGAACAAGACCAAAUUCUACUUUUGUCCCAAGCAGUAACAUACAUGGAGUGAAUACUAAGUCUGACAGAAGUUUUACUCCUCCACUUAGCCCAGAUCUUUCCCAGUCGACAUACUUACUUCCUGCUAUAAGACACCAAGAUAUGCACAAAAAAUGUAUGGUUAUUGAUCUUGAUGAAACGCUUGUCCAUAGUUCUUUUAAGGCAAUUAAUAAUGCAGAUUUUGUAGUACCUGUGGAAAUUGAUGGCACUGUUCAUCAAGUCUAUGUAUUGAAGAGACCACAUGUAGACGAAUUUCUUCAACGUAUGGGUGAACUUUAUGAGUGUGUAUUAUUUACUGCAAGUCUUGCCAAGUAUGCCGAUCCAGUUGCUGAUUUAUUAGAUAAAUGGGGUGUAUUUAGAGCCCGUUUAUUCCGCGAAUCGUGUGUUUUUUAUAGAGGAAAUUAUGUGAAAGACUUAAACAAAUUGGGUCGCGCAUUACAUAAAGUUGUAAUCAUUGAUAAUUCACCUGCGUCGUACAUUUUUCAUCCAGACAAUGCAGUCCCUGUUAAUUCAUGGUUUGAUGAUAUGACUGAUAAAGAACUGUUGCAUUUAAUUCCAUUUUUUGAAAAACUUAGCAAAAUGGAAAAUGUUUACCCAGUUAUUUGCAACAUAAAUCAUAUGGCAAAUGCUGCUGCUGCAGCUAUUGCAGUACAAUCUCAACACAUCAGUAGCGACAAUGUCUUAUAGCAUCAAUUUUUAAGUACAAUUUAUUUGUGCCAAUGGUAAUUAUUCUAAUCUACCAUGUUAAACAAAAGUAAUAAUAAUCAUAAUGUAACAAUCGUAUAACGUAUAGAAAGAUAAAAUUAUAAUAUUUACCUAAUUUAGGUACCAUUAUAGUUUACAACUGUUUUAAUUUUUUUUUUUUUCGUAAAACUCCUCAAAUACAUUUUUUAGAUAUUUAGUUUUAUUUUUAUAAAAACUAAACAAACUGACAACUUUCUAAGGUAUUAUACUUAUUACCUACCUAUAUCAUUCAAUUAAAAAUUAUUAUUUAUGAUUUUUUAGACUAUAAAUUAAUAACACUUUAUGGAUAACAUAACCUACAUUUUAAAGUAUUUAUUUAUGUCAAAUUAAAGUACUUAUUAUCCAUGCAUAUAUAUAGUAUGGUGGACUAAUCAAGGACAAAAUAAUUUAAUUAAAUAUAAACUGUCUAAACUCUAAAGUCAACUAUCUUUUUUUAUUUAAAAUAUGUGUUCUAAUGCACAUCUGGUGAAUAUGUCAAUACAAACAUAAUAUGAUCAUAUCAAAUCAUACAAUAUAUGGUAUAACCAUGAAGUUCAAGUUAUGGAUAAAAUAUUAAAACUUAAUCAAAUUAAAUUUUUAUUUUUACAUUUUUGUCUGUCCAUUUUUAUAAUAAGUAUUUUAAUAUAAAAUAUAGGUACAAAUAUCUAUGCUUUUGUCAAUAAUUGAUUAUUUUAUAUUUUAUUGUAAUGGAAUUAUUAUUAUUAUGUAAUUCAUACAAAUUAAAAGUAAAUUAUUGACACCCCUAUUGCAUAGAUUCACGAAUUUAAUAAUAUAUUAUACAUUAAAAAUAUAUUUUAACUAAAAUCAAACAUUCUCUAAUAUUAAUUUUGUUUGUUUUUAUUUUUGUGGAAAAAUCAAUUUUUUUAAUUAAUAGGUUAAUUAUAAUCUCUCAAGAGGACACAAUCAGUAAUCUAAAUAUAUUUAAAUAGGGUCAUAUGAUUGCAUGUUUUAAAUUACUUUGAAUAAUUAUAACAAUAUUGUUUAGAAAAUAAGUAUAGAGUACCAUGGAGUGAAUUGUAUUUAUUCAUAAUUAUAAAAAUGUUGUAUUCAUUAUCAUUUAUACAUUUUUUUUACUCUAUGUAACUUGUAAACAAAUGGAAAUAUUUUUUAAUUUUUAUAAAAAUUCAAAUCAUUAUUCUAUAUUUUAAUAUUUUUUUUAUUUUAUAAGCAGUAUUUCAAUUAUUUUAUAAAAAAACAAUACAUAUAUGAUAUGUGUGUUCAUUUAUGCAUUUAUAAAAAAAGGACUGGUUUCAAACUUUGUUUUGUUGUACAUUCAUUAAUUAUUAUUGUGUACUCUUGAGAUAAUUUAAAUAAUAAAUGUUAUUAUUAUUUUUAAUUUAUGUUUUAUUUAAAAAUAUUCAGUGGCUUAUACAGGGAGAAGUGUGCUUAGUUUUAUCUUUAACAUUAACUUAAGAAUUCCAAUAUAAAAUAUAUUUAUUUGCACAAGUUAUUGUAAUACUAAUUUUUUUUCACUUCUAAUUAAUCCUGUGUAUGCUACAGAUAAUAUUAAGAACACCAAUGUUGUACUAUUACCUUUUGUGAUUGUCUUUCAAAAUCUUUUGAAACAUGUGUUUUUAUUAUUACCAUUAAAUAAUUUUAUUUUGUUUUCUUUUAAAAUUAUAUUUCUUUUUAACAUUUUAUCACAAAAAAAAAACAAAAUUAGGAUUAACAUUACGUUAAUAUCUAGAUUUUAAUUUUUUGUUAUUCUACUAGUUACAUUAUUAGUAGUUGAGCAUUUUACAAUCUGUAUGGAUUUUGUUGUACAAUAUCUUAGCAUUGUUCUUGCUCAUCAGUUUAAUUUGAUUUAUUUUUACAUAAUAUUAUGGUUUCAGAUAAUUGAAUCUCUCGUUUAUUAUUAAUUUCUGGUUAUUUCGUAUAAUUUUAUUUCUUUAUGUGAAAUGCAUUUAGUUGUCUAAUAAAUGAAGUAUCAAUGUAUCAUAUUUGUAUGUAUGUUAUUAGACUAGAUGGUCACUUAUUAUACACUCAUUACACUUUUAAAAAGUACUGAAACUAUAAAAUAUACACAAUAUU